CUGAUGCACCGCGCCGCCCGGAGAUGCUGAUGCUGAUGCUGAUGCUGCUGGUGACCGACUGCAGCAUCCGACAUGGGCAUCCUCUAAUCCGGUCCGUGACACAGUAACACUUUCUCGCCAUGUGGAGAAAAAUUGAGAUGACAUUCCAUUAAACCAGGAGAAGACAGAGGCAGCAGAAAAGUCCCGCUCGGGUGGCAAGAUCUUCUUCCAUCAUCUGGAUUUGGAACAACUCUUCGUCUUCAGUGCGCUGCAGAGGAAAAGUGUGCAAAAGCGUCAGAGAAUCAAUAUCUUCCUGCUCUUCCUUUGGAAAAUUCUUCUCUUUUGACUCUGACCCGUGACCUUCGGCUCUCAGUAUGAGCGCUCUGGCAGGAAAGCUGGACCCCCGCCGGAUACAGUGGCGCGCGACAUGGAACACCUUUGCAUCCCGCGUCCUGAGGACCAAGCCCGUGGAGUCCAUGUUGGAUUCGGCCGUGACAGGCACCGGCGCCCACGGAACCCGACUGGCCCGCGUGCUCUCCACGGUGGACCUGGUGUCACUUGGCGUGGGCAGCUGUGUCGGCACGGGGAUGUACGUGGUCUCGGGGCUGGUCGCCAAGGAGAUGGCCGGUCCGGGGGUCAUUGUGUCUUUCAUCAUCGCCGCCGUGGCCUCUAUACUGUCAGGCGUGUGUUACGCAGAGUUCGGCGUGCGCGUGCCUAAGACCACAGGUUCGGCCUACACGUACAGCUACGUGACGGUGGGCGAGUGCGUGGCGUUCUUCAUCGGCUGGAACCUGAUUCUGGAGUAUCUCAUCGGCACGGCGGCGGGGGCGUCGGCCCUCAGCAGCAUGGCGGACUCGCUGGCCAACCACAGCAUCAGCAACUUUAUGAUCACGCACAUUGGGACGCUCAAUGGCCUGGGUAAAGGGGAGCAGUCGUACCCGGACCUGCUGGCGCUGCUGAUCGCGCUGCUGGUGACGGUGAUCGUGGCUCUGGGGGUGAAGAACUCCGUGGGCUUCAACAACGUGCUGAACGUCAUCAACCUCAUCGUGUGGGUGUUCAUGAUGAUCGCCGGGCUGUUCUUCGUCAACGGAGAGAACUGGGACGACGGGAGGUUCCUGCCCUUUGGCUGGUCGGGGGUGAUGCAGGGAGCAGCCACCUGCUUCUACGCCUUCAUCGGAUUCGACAUCAUUGCUACAACGGGAGAGGAGGCCAAGAGUCCCAACACCUCCAUCCCGUAUGCCAUCACUGCCUCGCUCAUCACCUGCCUCACCGCCUACGUCUCUGUCUCUGUGAUCCUGACCCUGAUGGUACCGUACAACGAGAUCGACGCGGACGCCCCGCUCAUGGAGAUGUUCGCCGUGCACGGCUGCAUGUUCGCAAAGUACAUCGUGGCGGUUGGCUCCAUCGCCGGGCUCACCGUCUCCUUGCUCGGCUCGCUGUUCCCCAUGCCCAGGGUCAUCUACGCCAUGGCAGGGGACGGGCUACUCUUUAAGUUCCUGGCAAACGUGUCUUCCUACACAGAGACCCCUGCUGUCGCCUGUGUGGUGUCAGGCUUCCUGGCCGCCCUGCUGUCCCUCCUGGUCAGCCUGCGAGACCUCAUAGAGAUGAUGUCCAUCGGAACCCUGCUGGCCUACACCCUGGUGAGCCUCUGUGUGCUCCUGUUGCGUUACCAGCCCGAGGGCGACAUCCACGGCUUUGUGAACUUCCUCUCCGAGGAGCAGAGCAACAAGAAGAAGGAGGGCGUUCUGGCCGAGUGCGAGAAGGACGCCUGCUCGCCGACCAGCGAGGCCGAUGAGUACGGCGGCCCGGCCACCAACACCUGCGGCGCCAAGAACCUGCCGUCGCUGGGCGACAACGAGAUGCUGAUAGGCAAGCCGGACAAAACCGCCUACACCGCCAGUCACCCAAACUACGGCACGGUGGACAUGACCACUGGCAUCGAGGCAGAGGAGUCAGAGGGAGGCGUGUCCAGGCGUUUGAAGAAGCUCAUUGGACCACGCUACUACACCCUGAGGAUCCGAUUGGGCCUCCCGGGAAAGAUGGACAGGCCGACCGCAGCCACCGGGAAAACAGUCACCGUGUGCGUGCUGCUGCUCUUCAUCUCCAUCUUCGCUUUUUGCUCCUUCAUCAUCUUCGGAGCGAGCUAUAUCGGAGACGGUCGCUGGUGGGCUCUGCUGCUCUUGAUCUUUUUCAUCAUCUUCAUUGCCCUGCUCGUCAUCGUCAUCCUGCAGCAGCCCGAGAACCCCAAGCGGCUGCCCUACAUGGCGCCAUGUGUGCCCUUUGUGCCCGCUUCAGCCAUGCUGGUCAACAUUUACCUCAUGCUCAAGCUGUCUGCCAUCACCUGGAUACGGUUUUCAAUCUGGUGCAUUGUGGGUGUACUCAUCUACUUCGGCUAUGGCAUGUGGCACAGUACGCUGGAGAUCACGGCCAGAGAGAACGAGGUGCACGCCUCCACCUACCAGCGCUAUGACCAGGGCGUGGACGAGGGCUUCUGCGGUUUCGAUGACGACUUCUACCCACCGACCACUGACGCCUGGGCUGCGCCCGAGGGGGGGUCGGGGCCCGCCCAGCCCCCUCAGGCCAAACCCGAAAGUGACGGGAGCUCGCCGAAAGGCGCCGGCAGGACCGUUGCCGAUCGCGGCCUCGCUGAGGAGGAUCCGAUGGAUUUCUGAAGGGACUGACUCCGUGUUACCCUGAAUGUACUGCCUUGUCUGCUGCUUGGGCGCAGGGAGGGGAAGGGGACCGUAGUGUGGGAGUGCAUGGACGAUUGUUUGUGUGUGUGUGUGUGUGUGUGAGAGUGUGUGCGUGUGCGUGUGCGCAUGCCUGCAUGUGUGUGUGCGUUAAGUGUCUGUCUAACCCUUGGGCUAGAUUGUUUCUCGGCAGAGGAAUGGCUUUCCUUUCACCGUACGCGGCCACGCUCGGUUUCCCCCCUGCUCACGCGCGCCAAUGUGGACGUCAAGGUCAUUGGGUGUCUUAUCACGGCCACUUGUUAUUCACUUACCACAGUCCACAUCCCACACGGGGAGAGAGAGAGAGAGGCCAGACAGAGAAAGUGCGGACGCAGCAAGAGAUAGAACACAAUGUGGUUCAUUGCACGGUGAACCGUACAACGCCACGUAUUGAGCAAAGAGUCAACCGUUGCUAUCUAUGGAUUCACAGGAUAAAGGAGAGGAGAAGGUGAUGAGCGAAAGACAAGUGAGAAUCAGGACCUCUUCCUGUUCCAACACCGACAGGCAGGAAAGAAAGACAGCAUGCCAAGUCCGAGCCAUUUCCUAUGUCCAGGUUGGACUUUUCUUCUGCUUCUUUUAUUCCCAACAGAAAGGAAAAUGCCCUCGAAAUGUAAUAAACUGUUAAAACUCAAACAAAACUACUAUCUGAGUAUCUUGGAAUGUUUCCCCUGAGCCCAAACAUCUAGCCCAAGGGACUCAGAAGUGCACUGGGAAAAAAAAAAAGAGGUCGAUGUUCUCUGUCACGAAUACUACUUUGGACUUUGCUUGCAAUAGUGCCUUCAUCUACCGUAGGUGUACGUGAGUUUCUGAUUACGUCCGUUUUCUACUUGCUUUCUUUCUGCUGCGUUGUGUCCGUCUGAGGGUGUAUGUGCAAAUCGAACUCCACGUCGACACUGGUUCUCAUGUCUCACGCGCGCGUGUGUGUGCAGAUAUAAAAAGUGUGUUCAUUUCACCGCGUGCGUGUAGGUACUUGUUUGGGUACCUACACGCUCCGGCGUGAAGCUCCGAAUCGAUUCCACUCGCCAACAGAGCAACUCUCGGUGCAAGGCAACACACGCCUGUCAGCUCCUGAGUGCACCUCACAAGAGGAGAGAGCGGAGGCCGUAGCAGGGAGACAACAGGUUGAAUCCUGAUGUGCAUGGCUUGUUGUGAUGAGUGUCAAGUCCCGCCCCCUGCCCCCCCCCCCCCGUGCUCUUGUCUUUCAUCUCAUGCACUCCUUGCUGUUUACCAGAGUUGGGAAGGAAUUCAUUUUGAGUUCAUUCAGAUGAGAAAGGUUGUUUUUCUUUAUAGCUUGUGGGUUUGUGUGUGCGUGCGUGUGUGUGUGCGUGUGUGUGUGCGUGUGUGUGUGUGUUUGGUUGCUACAAAAACAAUAUUAGAAAGAGAUUGGGGUCAGAAAAGGGGGAGGAUUGAUUUUCUGACUUUUGGGAGAGAAAAGUUGAGUAUGUUAUUGUUUCCUGUCACCCCAGAUUUUUCAUUCUACUUAAAAAACUGUACAUUAACAUUAAGUUCCACCAUCCUGCCUCCCUGCACCAGUCUUUUUCGGACAGCCCCUUGAAUGUACAAGUUGGAAUUUCACUUGUAUAUUGAGCGAACUGAAAUUGAAUUCCUCUUCUUCCAGCUCUAUCCCCCUCUUCCUCCUCUCCUCCUCUCAUUGCUCCUUUCCCCACUUUCUAUAUACAUCAUUAGUUUUCCCACCACUCCUAUUCGCUUCCGGCUCAACGCUUCCUUCCGUUAUUUGCCGCCUCGUCCCGUCCUUGACAUCCGACAGGCGAUGUCAGCUGGGGGGGGGGGGGGGGGGGGGGGGGUCACGAGCGAUACAGCCGAGAUUGUUUGCUCGGUCACGAUUUGAAUCAGCGAUCCGUCCGCGGCCCGUCGAGCCCCUAGCUGCUGUUUCACCUCCGCCUCCUGAUUCCUCAUGCGGGCGUUUACUCGUCUCCCCUCUGGUUCUGCUCUAACCCCCACGGCCCGAACUGGCCCGAGUCGGCC